GUCCGGGCCGAGGACCGCGAGCGGACGCCCGGGCCCCGGAGGCCAGCGCCCAGCGAGGCCAGCGGCGCUGGUGUUGUGCCGCGGCGGGCGCUUCUGGAGGGGCCAAUGCGCGUAGGCAGCAGCCCCUGACGACCGAACCCGAGACUAGAAGGGACUGAGCGGAGCCGAGAGAGGACAGAUUGGGACCAUGGGCCAAGAGCGGUGCGCGGCAGCUGGCCCUGCCUUGCGGCGGUGGCUGCUGCUGGGGGCCUUGGCAGUGGGGUUCCUGGCCCAGAGCGUCUUGGCGGGUGUAAAGAAGUACGAUGUGCCCUGCGGAGGGAGAGACUGCAGCGGCGGCUGCCAGUGCUACCCGGAGAAAGGAGGACGCGGUCAGCCAGGGCCAGUGGGCCCCCAGGGCUACACCGGGCCUCCCGGGCUGCAGGGCUUCCCAGGGCUGCAGGGCCGCAAAGGCGACAAGGGCGAAAGAGGAGCCCCCGGGACCGCGGGACCCAAAGGAGACGUGGGAGCAAGAGGUGUCUCUGGGUUCCCUGGUGCCGAUGGAAUUCCGGGACACCCAGGCCAAGGCGGGCCCCGGGGCCGGCCUGGCUAUGACGGCUGCAAUGGGACCAGGGGAGACACAGGCCCGCAAGGACCCUCCGGCCCCGCGGGCUUUCCUGGCUCCCCCGGGCCCCAAGGACCCAAAGGACAGAAAGGUGAACCUUAUGCACUGUCUAAAGAGGACCGCGACAAAUACAGGGGUGAACCCGGAGAGCCUGGACUGGUCGGAUUCCAGGGUCCUCCUGGCCGCCCUGGGCCUAUGGGGCCGAUGGGUCCAGUUGGAGCCCUUGGAAGACCCGGACCACCCGGACCCCCUGGACCCAAAGGACAGCCAGGCAACAGAGGACUGGGCUUCUAUGGACAGAAGGGUGAGAAGGGCGACGUGGGACUGCCAGGACCCAACGGGAUCCCGUCAGACACCUUCCACCCCAUCGAUGGGCCCACCAAGACGACCAUCCACCCGGAUCAGUACAAGGGCGAAAAGGGAAGCCGGGGGGAGCCGGGCAUAAAGGGCAUCUCCGUGAAGGGAGAGGAAGGCAUCGUCGGCUUUUCAGGACCGCGGGGCCCUUCUGGCUUCGAUGGAGAGAAAGGAUCCCCAGGACAGAAAGGAAGCCGGGGGCUGGAUGGCUACCAGGGCACGGAUGGGCCCCGAGGACCCAAGGGGGAAGCAGGUGACCAGGGUCCCCCAGGACCACCUGUCUACUCGCCUCAUCCUUCCCUGGCUAAAGGUGCCAGAGGUGACCCAGGAUUCCCAGGACCUCAUGGGGAGCCAGGAAGCCGCGGUGAGCCAGGAGACCCCGGGCCCACAGGACCCCCUGGCCUGUCCUUUGGAGAUGAAGAUGAGAAGAGAGGCCUCCCAGGGGAGAUGGGACCCAAAGGCUUCCAAGGAGAACCUGGCAUCCCUGCAUUCUACCCUGGCCCUCCCGGAGCUGACGGAAAGCCUGGUCUCCCAGGAGCCCCGGGGCCUGCCGGACCACCUGGACCAGAUGGUUACCUGUUUGGUCUUAAAGGAGCAGAAGGACGUGUGGGCUACCCUGGGCCUUCCGGUUUCCCAGGAGCUCGUGGGCAGAAGGGAUGGAAAGGUGACGCUGGGGACUGUAAAUGUGCAGAAAGUGACCAGUUCAUCAGGGGUCUUCCAGGACUGCCAGGACCCAAAGGUUUCUCGGGUAUCAAUGGGGAACCAGGGAAGAAAGGGGACCAAGGAGACCCCGGACAGCACGGCAUCCCUGGGUUCCCAGGGUUCAAGGGGGUCUCUGGUGUCGUCGGUGCUCCUGGGCCCAAGGGAAUCAAAGGGGAUUCCAGAACAAUAACCACUAAAGGUGAGAGAGGACAGCCCGGCGUCCCAGGUGUGCAUGGAAUAAAAGGCGACGACGGUGUCCCUGGGCGCGACGGACUCGAUGGAUUCCCGGGCCUCCCAGGCCCUCCUGGGGAUGGCAUCCAAGGUCCCCCAGGGGACGCAGGUCACCCAGGCAUACCUGGAACCAAGGGUAUUCCAGGAGAAAUGGGCCCCCCAGGACUGGGCUUACCAGGCCCUAAGGGCGAGCGUGGAUUCCCUGGAGACGCUGGGCUACCUGGACCGCCAGGCUUCCCCGGUCCUCCUGGGCCCCCGGGAACCCCAGGACAGCCAGAUUGUGACACAGAUGUCAAAAGGCCCAUUGGAGGUGACAGACAAGAGACCUUGCAGCCAGGUUGUGUCAGAGGCCCCAAAGGACUGCCUGGCCGGCCAGGACCCCCAGGACCCCCAGGCACCAAAGGCCUCAGAGGGAUCCCGGGCUUCUUAGGAGCUGAUGGAACACCAGGGCUCAAGGGCUUUCCUGGAGACCCAGGCCGGGAAGGGUUCCCAGGACCCCCAGGGUUCAUGGGACCUCGAGGAUCCAAAGGUGCUGUGGGCCUCCCUGGCCCAGAUGGACUCCCAGGCCCUGUGGGCCUGCCUGGACCAGCUGGACCCCCUGGGGAGAGGGGACUGCCAGGAGAAGUUCUAGGGGCCCAGCCUGGGCCCCGGGGAGAUGCUGGACUACCUGGACACCCGGGGUUGAAAGGUCUUCCAGGAGAGAGAGGCCCCCCUGGAUUCAGAGGAAGCCAGGGGAUGCCCGGAAUGCCAGGGCUGAAGGGUCAGCUGGGCUUCCCGGGACCUUCGGGCCAGCCAGGACGGCCCGGGCCUCCAGGACAACAUGGAUUCCCAGGAGCUCCUGGCCCAGAGGGGCCCUUGGGUCGGCCAGGUGCCCCAGGCCUCGGAGGACUUCCUGGAGAUAGGGGGGACCCUGGUGACACAGGCGUCCCUGGCCCUGUGGGCAUGAAAGGUCUCUCUGGAGAUAGAGGAGAUGCUGGCUUCUCAGGCGAGCGAGGCCACCCAGGAACCCCUGGGUUUAAAGGAAUGGCUGGAAUGCCUGGUAUCCCUGGGCAAAAAGGGGAGAGAGGUUCUCCUGGGAUGCACGGCUUCCAAGGCAUGGUGGGGCUCAAAGGAAGAUCUGGGUUCCCAGGAACCAAAGGAGAGGCAGGAUUUUUUGGAGUGCCUGGUCUGAAGGGCCUGGCUGGAGAGCCUGGUGUGAAAGGCAGCCGUGGAGACCCUGGUCCCCCAGGACCACCUCCCAUCAUCCUGCCAGGGAUGAAGGACAUCAAAGGGGAGAAGGGCGAUGAAGGGCCCAUGGGCCUGAAGGGGUACCUGGGCGUGAAAGGAAUCCAAGGGAUGCCGGGGAUCCCCGGGCUGGCAGGAAUCCCAGGGCUGCCUGGAAGGCCCGGCCACAUCAAGGGAGCCAAAGGAGACAUCGGAGUCCCUGGCGUACCAGGUCUGCCAGGAUUCCCUGGAGUGACCGGCCCCCCUGGAAUUACAGGAUUCCCAGGGUUCACAGGAAGCCGGGGUGACAAAGGUGCUCCUGGGAGAGCCGGCUUUUACGGAGAGAUUGGCCCUACUGGGGACUUUGGUGAUAUUGGGGAUACCAUAGACUUACCAGGAAGUCCAGGCCUGAAGGGAGAACGAGGCAUCGCCGGAACUCCAGGUCUGAAGGGGUUCUUUGGAGAGAAGGGAGCAGAGGGUGAAGUUGGCUUCCCUGGGAUAGCAGGCAUGACUGGAACCCAAGGCCCUCCUGGACCCAGAGGACAAACAGGCUUCCCAGGGCUAACAGGGCUGCGGGGGCCACAGGGAGAUCCAGGGCGGAUCGGAGUCCCCGGCGAUAAAGGCGACUCUGGCUGGCCUGGCGUGCCAGGCUUACCAGGCUUCCCGGGAAUCCGAGGGAUCAGCGGAUUACACGGCCUGCCGGGCACCAAAGGCUUCCCAGGGUCCCCAGGUGCUGACAUCCACGGAGAACCAGGAUUCCCAGGACCUACUGGGGACAGGGGUGACCCAGGAGAGGCCAACACCCUUCCAGGCCCCACAGGAGUCCCAGGACGGAAAGGGGAGCAGGGAGCCCCAGGGGAGCGAGGUCCAGCCGGGAGUCCAGGACUCCAGGGGUUCCCUGGUAUCACCCCCCCUUCCAACAUCUCUGGGUCACCAGGUGACAAAGGCGCACCAGGCAUAUUUGGCCUAGAAGGCUACCGAGGCCCACCAGGGCCACCUGGGCCUGCAGCCUUUCCUGGGAGCAAAGGAGAUGAUGGGAGUCCAGGAGCUUCAGGAGUCCCUGGGAACAAAGGCUGGGUCGGGGACCCAGGCCCACAGGGCCGGCCUGGUGUGUUUGGUCUCCCAGGAGAAAAAGGCCCCAGGGGCGAACCAGGAUUCAUGGGCAACACUGGAGCCACCGGCGCUGUGGGCGACCGAGGCCCCAAGGGGCCCAAAGGAGACCAGGGAUUCCCUGGUGCCCCUGGUUCUAUGGGAUCCCCAGGGAUUGCAGGAGUCCCCCUGACAAUUUCUGUCCAGCCUGGGACGAUGGGCCCCCAGGGAAGGAGAGGUCCUCCUGGGGCACAGGGGGAGAUGGGGCCCCAAGGCCCUCCUGGAGAGCCAGGUUUUCGAGGAGCUCCAGGGAAGGCUGGACCGCAGGGAAGAGGCGGUGUGUCUGCUAUCCCAGGGUUCCGAGGAGACCAAGGGCCUAUGGGGCACCAGGGACCAGUUGGCCAAGAAGGGGAGCCAGGCCGUCCAGGGAUCCCAGGCCUGCCGGGCAUGCCAGGCCGCAGCGUCAGCAUCGGCUACCUCCUGGUGAAGCACAGUCAGACGGACCAGGAGCCCAUGUGCCCCGUGGGCAUGAACAAGCUCUGGAGCGGAUACAGCCUGCUGUACUUUGAAGGCCAAGAGAAAGCCCACAACCAGGACCUGGGGCUGGCGGGCUCCUGCCUGGCGCGCUUCAGCACCAUGCCCUUCCUGUACUGCAACCCGGGCGACAUCUGCUACUAUGCCAGCCGCAACGACAAGUCCUACUGGCUCUCCACCACGGCCCCGCUGCCCAUGAUGCCGGUGGCCGAGGACGACAUCAAGCCCUACAUCAGCCGCUGCUCCGUGUGUGAGGCCCCAGCAGUGGCCAUCGCAGUCCACAGUCAGGACGUCUCCAUCCCCCACUGCCCCGCCGGCUGGCGCAGCUUGUGGAUCGGCUAUUCCUUCCUCAUGCACACUGCGGCUGGGGACGAAGGCGGUGGCCAGUCACUGGUGUCGCCAGGCAGCUGCCUGGAGGACUUCCGCGCCACGCCGUUCAUCGAGUGCAACGGGGCCCGUGGGACCUGCCACUACUACGCCAACAAGUACAGCUUCUGGCUGACCACCAUCCCCGAGCAGAGCUUCCAGGGCACGCCCUCGGCGGACACGCUCAAGGCCGGCCUCAUCCGCACGCACAUCAGCCGCUGCCAGGUGUGCAUGAAGAACCUGUGAGCCCCCGCCGCGGCGGAGGGGCCACUCUGGUGCUCACUCUUAACCGUUACCUCAGAUGCUGACCCCAAAGCUGGAUUUAUUAUUUUCCUCUAAAAACAAUUUUAAAAAAAAAAAGCUACCAAAGGAAUUCGGCACGGCACCCCCUAACAGCCUACGCUGUCAGCCCGACCUGCCCAGGCCGCUGGCCACCAUCCCGCAGGACAGCCAUGCCCGCUGCUUCACUGGCCUCUCCGCCCUCACUCCUCCCGCAAGACAGCUCCCCUGGUCCCCUCCGCCCACGGUGCAGCCAGGACAGCCAGGCCGACGCCACCUGUUCCUGCCUGGGCUCCCGCCAAGGGCUUGGUGCUGUUUCCUACGCCCGCGGGAUGGCAGCCCUGUGUUCUCCAGACCCGUGGAAGGGACCUGCGUCCCCUCAAGAAGGCCACCUUGUGCUUUUCCCUGUAAGACCUCUCAGCCACACACACACUUCCACCACGUCCCCCUGGGCCUCUGGGCACAGCACACCGUGUGGAAGCAAAGACCUGGCUGGUGUCACAGGUGGGGUAUAGUGUGUCCCUGGCCACGGGUCCCGGGGACCUCGCCCUCCCUUCUUCCUGGUGAGCUGUCCUCUACUGCCUGUCCAUUAACCACCACAAAAUAAACGUUGGUCUUGAACUUUCUAAA